GUAGGAAUUCAGUCUUGCCUCAUUCCCAUGCUGAGCUUUGUACUGUGUCACUGGUACGCAAAGGAAUGGCAGGAAAUCAUGCUGUGCUUAAUGAAGGAGAAGAGAAUGAAAUGGAGAUAUUUGGAUACAAAUCAGAGAGGUGGAGAAAAGUUCUGAGUCUUCUGGGUUACAUAUUUUCUUUAGGACUCCUUAAAUUGGUCUUUUAUUGGAAGCCAGAGCUGGAAGUUUGGGGUCAUUGUGUUCCAUGUAAUUUAGCAGACGCUGAUACGAUCUUGCUACGAACAACUGGAGAACUUAAAGACUACAUAAAGAAGUUAGUGAUCCAGGUCAGACUUAACAGAACAAUGAAACCUGGGUAUCCAGUAAUAAGUGAUGAAAAUUCUAUUAUAUGCAGAUCUAUAAUGGAGCCAGAAGGGAAGGUCAGAUACAUACAAGUGCAAAAAAUACGUUAUGUUUGGAUUCCCUCUGAGAACAAGUUUGUGAAAACUGGUGUUCUGGAGAAAAGCCUCUCUUGCUCAGACAUACAUUCAAAAUAUGGUUUUGGCCUGACGAAAGAAGAACAGGAAGUCAGGCAACAGAUCUGUGGACUAAACACAAUUACAGUGAAGAUCAUCCCUGUCUGGAAACUACUGUCAAAAGAGAUUUUCAACCCAUUUUAUGUAUUCCAAGCCUACACUUUAACUAUAUGGAUAGCUACAUCAUACAUUGAAUAUAGCUUAUCUAUUUUAUGUAUGACCAUCAUAUCUAUUUCUGCCACAGUAUAUAAUUUAAGAAAGCAAUCAGUCAAGCUGAACAGAAUGUCAACAUCCUAUAACAGCAUUUUGGUUUCAGUACUUCAUAAGAAUGGAGAGCUUGAAGAAGUAUCGUCUGAGUCUUUGGUUCCGGGGGAUGUCAUUGUUUUAGGUGGAAACAAGCUUUUCUUACCAUGUGACGCCAUUUUAAUCAGUGGAGGGUGCACUGUGAAUGAGGCAAUGUUAACUGGUGAAAGUAUUCCUGUGACAAAAACACCACUUCCAAACAUAAACAACUCUAUUCCAUGGAUGACAUACAGUGGUGAGGAUUACAAAAAACAUGUUCUUUAUUGUGGAACUGAGGUCAUCCAGGCUAAAAGAAACAAUCAAGAUCUUGUAAAAGCUGUUGUCCUACAAACUGGAUUCAAUACUGCAAAGGGAGAUCUAGUAAGAGCGAUUCUGUAUAACAAACCGAUGAAUGUGAAACUGCAUAGAGAGGCCAUAAGAUUUCUUAUGGUUCUUGUAGCUUUUUCUAUUCUUGGAGUAAUCUAUACCGCAGCUGUGUACAUAAAGAAUGGGGCCAGUGUUUAUGACACUGUAGUAAUGUCACUUCUGAUGCUAACAGUUGGGAUUAAUGCAGCCCUCCCAGCAUCUCUUACACUUUGUCUUCUGUAUGGUCAAACAAGGCUAAAGAAAAAGGGAAUCUUCUGCAUCAGUCCUCAAAGGAUCAAUUUAGCUGGGCAGCUGAAUCUUGUAUGUUUUGAUAAGACUGGCACUUUGACAGAAGAUGUCUUGGAUUUGUAUGGUGUUCUUCCUUGUGAGAAAAACAGUUUUCAGGAUAUAAUACUUUUCACAUCAUCUAAUAAUCUAUGUUGGUGCCCAAUACUUCAAGCAAUGACAAGUUGUCACUCACUUAUCACAUUGGAUGGGGAGUUACAGGGAGAUCCAUUGGACUUAAAGAUGUUUGGUGGAACAGGUUGGGAAUUUGAAGAAUAUAAGGCAAAAAUCAAAGAAGAUGACCAUUUAAAUAGCUGUGCAAUGGUAAAGCCUGGACCUACUGUUGCAAAGGCACCAGUGGAAGGAAUCCUUAUUCUGCACCAGUUCCCAUUCUCCUCCAGUUUACAACGCAUGUCUGUAAUUACUCAGAUUAUUGGAGAGAGUAACCUGACAGUGUUCAUGAAAGGGGCACCUGAAAUGGUCGUUCACUUUUGCAAAUCAGAAACAGUCCCAGACAGCUUCUCUACGAAACUUGCUGACUACACUGUACAAGGCUUCAGAGUAAUUGGGCUAGCAUAUCGGACAGUGUUAAAAGAAGGUCUACCAGAGUUUGCAGACAUAGACAGGGAUGUAGUGGAGUGUGACCUCACAUUUCUUGGCUUGUUGAUUCUGGAAAAUCGACUUAAACCAGAAACAAAUUCAGUACUAGAGGAACUCACAGAAGCAAAUAUCAGGGCUGUGAUGGUCACAGGUGAUAACCUUCAGACAGCUGUGACGGUUGGUAAAAAGUCAGGAAUGAUUCCUUCUAACAGUAACAUAAUUAUGUUGGAAGCCUGUGAACCUGAGAAAGAUUUUCCUGCUUCAGUUACUUGGAAAUGUUCGACUGAAAUUCAAGCAAAUGGAAACCACAAGGAUAAAGAGUCACAAUACAAUGUUGGGGAAAGAUUGAUUAAUAUCCCCACUACCUUGGGGAAUCUUCACUUUGCAAUGAAUGGAAAGUCCUAUCAAGUUUUAACUCAACAUUUUUCCAAUUUGCUGCCAAAGAUCCUACUAAAUGGAACUAUUUUUGCAAGAAUGACUCCAAAGCAAAAAUCGAGUCUUGUUGAAGAGCUGCAAAAAUUAGACUACUUUGUUGGUAUGUGUGGAGAUGGAGCCAAUGACUGUGGGGCACUUAAAAUGGCUCAUGUUGGAAUUUCACUGUCUGAAUUAGAAGCAUCUGUCGCAUCUCCAUUUACUUCCAAAAUUCCAAACAUUGAAUGUGUUCCAUUGCUCAUCAAGGAAGGUCGGAAUACUCUUAUAACAUCACUUUCCAUCUUCAAAUUCUUGACUAUGUAUCAGUUCAUUGGAAUUGUUUGCAUAGUAUUCCUUUUUUGGAGACUAACGCUUCUUGGAAACUACCAAUACCUUUUGCAAGAUUUGGCUAUCAACAUCAUAUGUUCCAUUACUAUGAGUUUAAACCGUGCAGCCCCAAAGCUGGCACCUUACAGACCCUCAGGACAACUGUUCUCUCCUCCUUUGUUACUCUCCAUUUUCAUGCAUCUUACUUUUACUGUGAUUGUCCAAGGCACAGCUUUCUUCCUGCUUCAAGACCAGCCAUGGUUCAGUGAAAAUGAUGUCUUCAGCGCAUGCCUUCCAUUAAACUACAGCACAGGAAAUAUUACAGUGAGAGAACGUAGAUUUUCAGAGAACUUUUUUACAACAACCAUGUUUCCUAUAACUGGUUUCCAUCUGAUUAUUGCAGAAAUUGUGUUUGCCAAAGGAAAGCCAUUCCGACAGCCUUUAUAUACUAACUAUCUGUUAUCAACUUUGAUCAUAAUUCAAGUUGCAUUUUAUUUAUUUGUCCUUUUUGCUGAUAUUGACUCUUUCUACACGGCUAUUGAGACUGUGUGUACCCCAUAUUACUGGAGAGUGAACAUCUUGAUCAUGGUCCUUACACUCUUUGUUGUGUCAUAUAUUGCAGAGAUGUGGUUUAUUGACAACAGAGAACUCUGGCUCUGGAUAAAGAGACUAUUCAAGUACAAAUCAAAAAGCCAGUACAGAAAGUUGCAAAGGAAAAUACAGAAAGAUCCAGAGUGGCCUCCACAAAACAGAACAGACUAUGCUGUCCAAUAUAUUUCUGAAGAGGAUUGCAGAAUUGUUGUUUGCAAUAAUUCCCAUUAUAGCAGCGUACCAAAUAGUGAAAAAGAAUCUGAACAAUUAUAACUGCAAUGUGAAUGCAGCAAGUUAGAAAAUAAAUGAAUUGUUCUGUUUGUGAAAUGGUGCUGAACUCAUUAAAAUUG